AUGAGGAAGAAAGUCAUUGCCAAAAGAGCACCUCGUGAGAAAAUCCAUAAACUUCCAGGUUUUCCUAGACCAUCAACCCGUUCUCAAGACACCACCUUUACUCCCUCACCUUCUCCUCCUACCUCUCCUGCUCACUGUGACCCCAUGGCUCAGACCAAGAACACUCCAAGGUUCCCUGCCUCUGCCAAGCCGACGCCACCACCGAAAGUCACACCAUCAAAGCCAGAAUCAUCAAAACCAAGUUCAUCCAAAGGGAAGCAACCUGCAGCACCAGAACCUCCACCUGAGUCCACACAACCAAAGUCUAGGUCUGUUCCAUCACGGUCUCAAAGAGGUAAAACUCGAGUUCCUCUCACAUCUGUUAGAGAACCAGACAUUGAUCCCUUUGCUCACAAAUCACACUUCAUGACAUCUCACUCAGACUAUAACCCCAUUGUUUCAAAUCUGCAAUGA